AUGUCUGAGGCCGGUGCGGCCGGGCUUGGAGCUGCAGCUGCAGCGGCAGCAGGAGCAAGCCUUGGGGUCAACGGCGGCGGGGCCGGAGCACUGCAGCAGGGUUCCCCGGCCGCUGGAGGGUUGCCUGCUUGUGGUCCCGCCCGAGCUGUUAUCGCUGCUGCCGCAGCUGCUACUGCUGAGAGCCCUGCAGGAGGAGGCAGUGGAAGUGGUAGUAGUAGCAACAGCGGCGGGGGGCUCGGCUCGGCUCGUAUCGCGGGGAAGAAGGCACAGCUUCGCUCUGCACCCCGCGCCAAGAAGCUAGAGAAACUGGGAGUUUAUUCUGCCUGCAAGGCAGAGGAUUCUUGUAAAUGUAAUGGCUGGAAAAACCCUAACCCACCUCCUACUCCACCCAGGGUAGAUUUGCAGCAGUCUGUUGUGAGCCUUACUGAACCGUGUCGUAGUUGUAAUCAUGCACUAGCCGCUCAUGUUUCCCAUUUGGAGAAUGUCUCAGAAGAAGAAAUGAACAGACUAUUGGGAAUUGUGUUGGAUGUUGAGUAUCUCUUCACCUGUGUUCACAAAGAAGAAGAUGCAGAUACCAAGCAGGUUUAUUUCUACUUAUUCAAGCUUUUGAGGAAGUGUAUAUUACAGAUGGGGAAACCAGUUGUAGAAGGAUCACUGGAGAGUCCCCCGUUUGAGAAACCUAGUAUUGAACAGGGAGUUAAUAAUUUUGUGCAAUACAAAUUUAGUCACCUACCAUCAAAAGAGAGACAAACCAUAGUAGAAUUGGCUAAAAUGUUUCUCAAUCGCAUCAAUUACUGGCACUUGGAAACACCUUCCCAGUGGCGACUGAGGUCACCUAAUGAUGACAUUGCUGGCUAUAAAAUAAACUACACAAGGUGGUUGUGUUACUGCAAUGUCCCCCAGUUUUGUGAUAGUCUACCUCAAUAUGAAACCACACAAAUUUUUGGGAGAACCUUGUUGCGUUCUGUUUUCACCGUUAUGAGACGGCAACUUCUUGAACAUGCAAGACAGGAAAAGGACAAACUUCCUCUUGAGAAACGAACACUAAUCCUAACACAUUUUCCCAAGUUCCUGUCCAUGUUGGAGGAAGAGGUAUACAGUCAAAAUUCUCCUAUCUGGGAUCCAGAUUUCAUAACUUCCACUUCUCGAAGCAGCCAACUAGGCAUCCAAACAGUUAUUAACCGUCCUCCUAUGAUGAGAUCUGUUUCAUACAGUUCAAGUCCUUCAUCUUUGGAACAACCUAGUGGAGGAACUAUGAGUCCUGCUUCCAAAUCUGCUUCUGGCCUGGACCAAAACCUAGGAGAAAAAAGAAAAAAUAAUGAAAGUUACUCUUCAGAGAAUGCUAAGAAGCCACGGGUUAUAGGAGAUAUUCCUGUUGAACUGAUCAAUGAAGUGAUGUCAACCAUUACAGAUCCAACAGCAAUGCUUGGUCCAGAGCAGACUAAUUUUCUGUCUGCACACUCCGCCCGGGAUGAAGCUGCAAGAUUGGAAGAGCGUAGGGGAGUGAUUGAAUUUCAUGUGGUUGGAAAUUCCUUAAAUCAAAAACCAAAUAAAAAGAUUAUGAUAUGGCUGGUUGGCUUACAAAAUGUAUUCUCACAUCAGUUACCCAGAAUGCCAAAAGAGUAUAUUACUCGUCUAGUCUUUGAUCCGAAACACAAGACCCUUGCAUUAAUAAAGGAUGGUCGUGUGAUUGGUGGUAUCUGUUUUCGGAUGUUCCCAUCUCAAGGAUUUACGGAAAUAGUUUUCUGUGCUGUGACUUCUAAUGAACAAGUCAAGGGUUAUGGAACACACUUAAUGAAUCAUCUGAAAGAAUAUCACAUUAAGCAUAAUAUUCUCAAUUUCCUUACAUAUGCUGAUGAAUAUGCAAUUGGCUACUUCAAGAAACAAGGCUUUUCAAAAGAUAUUAAAGUACCAAAAGCAAAAUAUGUCGGCUAUAUAAAGGAUUAUGAAGGAGCAACUUUAAUGGGAUGUGAAUUGAAUCCAAGAAUUCCUUACACUGAAUUUUCAGUCAUCAUUAAGAAACAAAAAGAGAUAAUUAAAAAAUUAAUUGAAAGGAAGCAAGCACAGAUUCAGAAAGUUUAUCCUGGCCUUUCUUGUUUCAAAGAUGGAGUACGACAGAUUCCCAUAGAAAGUAUUCCUGGAAUUAGAGAGACUGGCUGGAAACCAAGUAAUAAAGAGAAGGGUAAAGAACCCAAAGAUCUGGAUCAACUUUACAGCACACUAAAAAACAUUCUACAACAGGUCAAGAGCCACCAAAGUGCUUGGCCUUUCAUGGAACCAGUGAAGAGAACAGAGGCUCCUGGAUAUUAUGAAGUUAUAAGAUUUCCUAUGGAUCUGAAAACUAUGAGUGAACGACUGAAGAACAGAUACUACAUAUGUAAGAAAUUAUUCAUGGCAGAUAUGCAGCGAGUAUUUACUAACUGCAGAGAGUACAACCCACCUGAAAGUGAAUAUUACAAAUGUGCCAAUAUACUGGAGAAAUUCUUCUACACAAAAAUUAAAGAAGCUGGAUUAAUUGACAAAUAAUUUUCUUCUCAUACAAUUAAGAUGCCUAAUGUAACAGCAAAAUAUGCAGUUCUUUCACUAGAUUCGAAACUUGUUUAUAAAAUAAAAUUUUCUUAACUAGCACUUUUAAACAUGUAAUAUAGAAGAGUUUAUUUUAUUAAAGUAUUUUUAAAUGUACACUUGCAUGCCCUUUUGCGGUGUAUUCAAUUUUUAUUAGAUGUAUUGCACAAACUGUUUGGAGAUUUGGAAAGGGUAAAUUUCCAAGCAGUGAAUGUUUAUGCUUAAUGUAUCAGAUUGAAAAAUAGCUUAUUUUUACAGCAAAUAUGUUAAUGAAGGGGGAAAUGAAUUAUAUAUAUU